UGAGAUGAUCUGAGCGAGAAGAGUCGUCGUCUGAACAAGAAAAUGUUGUCGAUUACGAGAGUGAUUAGCCGGAGAAUCCACGGAAAGGGUGAUGUAGCUGUUCCAAAACUCUCAGGAUUCUCUAUUGUAUCUCCCAAAAACGUUGAGGUAGAGUAUGCAGAUGGCAGCAAGUUCAGUUUCUCUUCUGAGUUUCUGAGAGUGCAUAGCCCAGCUGCUGAUGGAAAAGUCAGAUCAAUCGGUGGUGAAAAGGUGAUAUCUGGAAGGCGGUAUGUAGGAAUCAUGUCUGCAGAACCGGUGGGAAACUAUGGGGAUUCAGGUUAGUGUUUGAUGACUUGCAUAGAACAGGAAUAUACCCAUGGGACUAUUUCUAUGAGCUUGGGAGCAAUAAGCUUGGUCUCAUGAGAAGCUAUAUCAAGAUUCUUCAAAAGCAUCAUCUCAGCCGUGAACCUCCUCCGAGAAGGAAAUGAUUCUUACCAAUGUGUUUUGCAACUUUUAUUCAAAGUGUGAUAGAAUCCAUGUUGUGCAGAAACAUGGAAUCUUGUUUUCUUUCAGAGUGCUCUUAUUUAAAAUCACCCUCAUUAGACGUGAUUAUAAAACCACGAAUAUUCUGCAAAACGUCAAACACACUAAAAGUUUUAAAAUAGUAGUCAUCUUUUUUAA